GGUUACUGAAGCAGGAGCUAUGAACUUCUUUGUAUACUGGAGAAAUGAGAAAGGCGAAAACGAACUUAUUACUGCUUCGCUAGAAAGUGGGAUAAUUCUCCCAGGCGUAACACGUCAAUCUAUACUGGAACUUGCCAAGGAAAUGAGCGGUAUCAAAGUGACGGAGCGCGAUUAUACCAUGGGUGAAUUACGGAAAGCUGUGAAAGAAAAGAGGGUGUACGAAAUGUUCGGUGCCGGAACAGCUGUCAUAGUAAUCCCGGUGGACACAUUACUUUACGAAAACAAUGGGCAAUGUGAAAAGUUAAAAGUUCCUAUGAUAGACAGUGAAAAGUCUGUUAUGCAAAAGGUGUAUAAAACUAUCGAAGGUAUUCAAUACGGAAGAAUAUCACGUCCUAAAUGGACUGUGGAAAUUUGAAACAUCUGCUUCUACAUUUUCAAAAAUUAGACGACUCUCAUGACAUGCUUAUAAAUAAAGGG